AUGGCACCAACAAAUCUCACCGAGAUCGACGCUCACGAGCAACCAUCUGAUGAGAUGCGUGCUGAGUGGAAAGUGUUUAUGCGCCAGGAUCACAAGAGCCUACUGAAUGAUCCUCGCAUCGAUGAUCCGCGGGCUCCUCUGGAAGAGUCUGGGUUCCGCCAAGUCUCAACUAUCUCGAAAGAGCAAGUUGCAAAAAGCUUCGCUAGGUUGGACCCUACUCUGGCCUCUGAGGCUGAGAAGGAUGUUCAAGUUCUUCACCACCCGCUAUUACCAGGCCUACUAAUUAUCCCUUCGCUAUUACCGCCUUCUGUGCAAACGACUCUCCUGGAUCGUACGAUCCAUCGUGAUCUCAGUGUGCGCAACCACCAGACCAACUUACACCUACACUACGACCUGCCGUAUCCAGAAGGAAAGGAUGAAGACGAAAGGUCGUUCUUCUCUAUUGACCCCGAAACUCCAGCCUCGUUCAUCCCUAAAGAUCCCAGUGUUCACAAGCCGCUGUCGAUCAAGCAGGUUAUGGGUCGAAGGCUGCACUGGGUGACUCUGGGUGGCCAAUACGAUUGGACUAACCGCAUUUACCCUGAGGAGUUGCCGCCACAGUUUCCAAGUGACAUCUCCUCCUUGUUGAAGGACUUGUUCCCAGAAACAGAUGCGCAGGCCGCCAUUCUCAACUUCUAUUCACCAGGCGACACCAUGAUGAUGCAUCGAGAUGUUAGCGAAGAGACAGACAAAGGCCUCAUCAGCCUGAGUUUCGGCUGCGAUGGUCUGUUCAUGAUUGCGCCUAACGACUUGAAGCACAGGGCCCAAAAUGAGGCAUCUGGCGAAAAGCAGUAUUUACUACUCAGACUUAGAUCUGGCGACGCCAUUUACAUGACUGAAGAGUCAAGAUACGCGUGGCAUGGUGUCCCGAAAGUUCUCAAGGACACAUGCCCAAGUUAUCUCCAAGAUUGGCCAGCUCGUGAAGAUGGGAAGUUUUCAGAAUGGCGAGGCUGGCUGAAAACUAAGAGAAUCAACUUGAACGUUCGCCAGAUGCGAGAUUAG